AUGGCGACGCGGGCGGGCGCCCUCCCGGCCCGGCCUUGGCUGCGGGCGCUGCGCGGAGGAGACCCCCGGCCGGGCAGCCCCGGAGCCCGAGGUUAUUCCAAAGACAGUGAAAGCAGCUGGUUCCGCUCACUCUUCGUCCACAAAGUGGAUCCCCGGAAAGACGCUCAUUCUAACCUCUUGUCCAAGAAGGAGACCAAUCACCUCUACAAGAUCCAAUUCCACAAUGUGAAGCCCGAAUGCUUGGAUGCCUACAACAGACUCGCGGAAGAAGUCCUUCCCAAGCUGCAUUCCGACACGGGGUAUCCCUGUGAACUGGUUGGCAACUGGAAUACGUGGUACGGCGAGCAGGACCAGGCAGUGCAUAUCUGGAGGUUCGUCGGUGGCUACUCGGCCCUCAUGGAGUCCAUGAACAAGCUGAGGGAGAACCAGGAAUAUCUGCAGUUCCGCAAAGAGAGGAGUAGCAUGCUCCAUUCGCGAAGGAACCAGCUGCUCCUGGAGUUCAGCUUCUGGAAUGAGCCCCUGCCACGCGCCGGGCCCAACAUCUACGAACUGCGCUCGUACAAGCUGAAGCCCGGGACCAUGAUUGAGUGGGGAAACAACUGGGCUCGGGCAAUUAAACACCGUCAAGAUAACCAGGAAGCGGUGGGGGGCUUCUUCUCCCAAAUUGGAGAGUUGUACAUCGUACAUCACUUGUGGGCCUAUAGAGACCUGCAAUCUCGAGAGGAGACAAGGAACGCGGCCUGGAGGAAGCGAGGAUGGGAUGAAAAUGUUUACUAUACAGUUCCUCUCGUUCGGAGCAUGGAAUCCCGAAUCAUGAUACCCCUGAAGAUUUCCCCGUUGCAAUGACCCACCUUCCCUGGGCAGCGCAAGGCUCAGCCGUCACCCGGGGGAAAAAGAAAACUUCAUUACAUUUCCUCCCCAGCCCCUUCCCCUCUAAUAAACUUCGUUACUUCCUGCUU